UUGCUUGCUCUGUGUCGGGUGGGGAGAGGGUCUGUAACUUGGGAGGAGAUGAAUGGGAAACGGCCUGCUGAGCCCGGCCCGGGCCGGAAAGGGAAAAAGGGAAAGAAGGAGGUGAUGGCGGAGUUUUCGGACGCCGUCACGGAGGAAGCCUUAAAAAAGCAGGUGGCUGAGGCCUGGAGCCGCAGGACGCCGUUCUGUCACGAAGCCAUUGUCAUGGACAUGGACCCCUUUCUUCACUGCGUGAUCCCAAACUUCAUCCAAAGCCAAAACUUCUUGGAAGGGCUUCAGAAGGAACUUUUGAACUUGGACUUCCAUGAAAAGUACAAUGAUUUAUAUAAGUUCCAGCAGUCUGACGAUUUGAAGAAGAGAAGAGAGCCUCACAUCUGUGCUUUAAGGAAAAUUCUGUUUGAAAAUUUCCGAGCUUGGCUUUCUGACAUUUCCAAGAUUGACCUGGAAUCAACCAUUGACAUGUCUUGUGCUAAAUAUGAAUUCUCAGAUGCCCUGCUCUGCCAUGAUGAUGAGCUGGAAGGGCGCAGGAUCGCCUUCAUUCUUUACCUGGUUCCUUCCUGGGACAGGAGCUUGGGGGGCACCCUGGACCUGUACAGUGUUGAUGAACGCUUUCAGCCGAAGCAGAUUGUCAAGUCUCUUAUCCCUUCGUGGAACACCCUGGUUUUCUUUGAAGUGUCUCCAGUAUCCUUUCACCAGGUGUCUGAAGUCCUGUCUGAGGAAAAGUCGCGUUUGUCUAUAAGCGGCUGGUUUCAUGGUCCUUCAUUGACCAGGCCUCCCAACUACUUUGAACCUCUCAUACCUCGGAGCCCUCACAUCCCGCAAGAUCAUGAAAUUUUGUAUGAUUGGAUCAACCCUACUUAUCUGGACAUGGAUUACCAAGUUCAAAUUCAAGAUGAGUUUGAAGAAAGGUCUGAGAUUCUCCUAAAGGAGUUCCUUAAGCCUGAGAAAUUUGCAGAGGUCUGUGAGGCUUUGGAGAAAGGAGAUGUGGAAUGGAGCAGCCGAGGUCCCCCUAACAAAAGGUUUUAUGAGAAAGCUGAAGAGAGCACGCUUCCCAAAAUACUGAAGGACUGCAUGGAAUUAUUUCGCUCCGAGCCACUCUUCUUGCUGCUCUCCAACUUCACAGGCCUGAAACUUCACUUCCUGGCCCCUUCAGAAGAUGAUGAGGUUGAGGACAAAAAAGAGGGAGAAGCAGCCUCUGCUGCUGACAGCACUGAAGAAGGGACUAGCCAUAGCUCCUCUGAGCCAGAGAAUAAUGAGGUGGCCAUCAGCAACAACCGCCAGCAGAGCAGUGAGCAGACAGACCCAGAGCCAGAGGAAUGCGAAGCAGAGAAGGAAUCAAGUGUUCCCACAUGCCAGGGGGAACUGAGGCAUUGGAAUACUGGUCACUACACUUUGAUCCAUGACAACAGCAAGACUGAAUUUGCCCUGGACUUACUUCUCUACUGUGGCUGUGACGGCUGGGAGCCAGAGUACGGUGGCUUUACUUCCUACAUUGCCAAAGGUGAAGAUGAAGAGCUGCUAACAGUGAAUCCAGAAAACAAUUCUUUGGCAUUGGUCUACAGAGAUAGAGAGACUCUGAAAUUUGUCAAGCAUAUUAACCACCGAAGCUUAGAACAAAAGAAAACCAUCCCAAAUAGAACAGGUUUCUGGGACUUUUCAUUUGUCUAUUAUGAAUGACAUGGCUGAGCAAAGCUGAGAAAAAGAGACCCUUCGUCACUCCUGGGAAGUCUGGAAGAGCUGGGCAUCAAGUGAAGGGGAGCUACAAGGUGACGUGUGUGACAGUGUUGUUAAAACUGCAUGUGGUUGUCCUUUAAUAGGACUCAUGAUGAAUGUCUGCAAUCUAGACCUUGAGCCUGGAGCUAGGUACUUAUCUCUUGAUUAAAAAAAAAGGUUUUUUUGUCUUUUUCUUUAACAUACAGUUCUUCAUUUUCCAUAUUGACUUCUUUAGUGAUUUUUUAAAAACCUUUGUGUGUGGUAAAAUACAUGUGACA